CGGCUCGCCUUUAGCCGAGAGAUUUCCAAAAUUUAUAUCGUCCGUCGACGAGUAUCGAGAGUUUUGAAAGUUGGUUUUGACGGUGAACGAAUCGUGGUUGGCGGUGCGCGAUCAGUUGGACUACAAUUUGGCGUCACUGGGUUCGACGGAACGUGGAGAAAUCGGCAGUCCCUGCGAAGUGGGUUGGUCAAGAAUAUUAUUCACUUGACUCAACGCUAAAGGAAUUUACCAAACCCGCCCUUUUCGGGGGUUGAGGUGUGACCGAAGGGAGAGCAUACGACAGAGAUCAAGGGCCGCGUUUCAGCACUGCUUUACCCAGGUGCAAAAGAUCCGGUCAGUUCCGCACCGCGGUCACAGAGUGAGUGGGAAAUCUGAAAUAUCGACUCGCCGCGACUGUCAGAUUUGGUAACGAGGAAAUAGCCGCGGACGAGAUACGAGGCUGGCUGCUUUUCAAGAUACAGGAACUUCCAUCCCUCGAAGUUACGGAUUUUUCAACCGUUUGAAAACGCUCCACGUUCACCUCCGCAGCUCGUCGACUGGUUUGAAACAAUCUGACGUCGCGUUUGAUAAACUUUGGGUAUCCCGUUGCGUCAUGACGCGCCAGCGAGUAAAUAAACGAUAACUUGCGACCAGAAGCCCGAGGCUGGUUGGAUUCGUUGAAAAAGCUUUGUUCCUCGAAGAUGGUGGGGUUUCGGUAGACGAAGAUCCGGUCGUGUCAGCUUCCUGGAGUACUUACGUAGCGUGAAUCAGAGCCGCCCUGCUUGCCGCCUACGAAAUUGUUUACUAUUCGUUGAUAUAUUUACGAGAGAUGUUGUACGGGUUCUCCCGGCUAUAGCCUCAUUUCUUGCCAUCGAUGCAAGUAUUCUUUCCUCGCUGUGUUAAAGCACCGCAAACUUGUCCGCGGCCUUUCGGGAUAGCUCGCCCUCUAUACUCGUUGGUAUAUAAUAUCCUUGCGCGCAGGAGAAUCAAGAGAAUCGCGGAUUACCGACGAAAAGACGCUGAGCCCCGAGCUCGCCUCGGUUUCCGCUCUAUUUCUGUAAUUUCUGUCCUCAAAACAUUUCUGCGCGAGGGUACGAUCGGGAUUCAUAUGCCCACUUAGUCUUGGUCGCGAAUUGCAUAUGUAGUACGCGGAUCAACGAAAAUAGCAUCGUGACUGUAAGCGUGGGUACAAUAGAACAAAAUGACCCGGAGAAGAGAGUCAAGAGACAGGCUGAUGAGAAACAGCGUUCUGACCGCAUCGUUCCGCGGCCUCAAGUCGGACUAGAGAAUCAGAGCUUUAUUGUUACUACAAUUGUGCGGUACGGAAACCGUCGAUUCGGGUUUACUCGCGUUGGUAACGACAGCUUUCGGCAUCGAUUCAACAGUUUUAUCUCUUUUUCUUGACGCCGGCGUUGCCAUUAUCAUUUUUCUUAUUUUUCCUUCUCCCAAGGUUUCGUUCGACGCCACUUCGGCAGUUAGUAGAACAGAAAAAUAAAAUAAAAUUAGUUCCCCCUGUCGAGCGACGUUUUCAUCGAAUCGUAACUUUACUUUGGUUUUCGACUGUUGUAAAACUGCACGAAACGAAGGGUGAGGGAAGGGCCACACAGAGGAACUUUUUACGGAACGAGAGCAAUUUGUCAACUCGAAAAUUAGUCAAAAGAGUUUGAAAUAUUGGACACCACUAAGACUCCGACCGCCCUGUCGACGAGAUCGUUGGCGUUUUCGGGUACCCGGCUUUAUCUAUAAUACGAGGAGGAGGAUGAACGACCCGAGAACACCCGCUUGGUCCUCGAAGAAUCUUAGCGGAAUGGAGACAAAUAACACGUGAUGAUCGCCCCGCUCUCUGACAAGAUUAAUCUGAGCCCAUCCGUCCGUUCGCGCUCGCGUAUAACGUUGAUGUCGCAGGAACACCUGAACCGCGAAAAUAAAGGAGCGCGCUCGGAUACGGCGCGGAAAAUUUGCACACGUUUGUAGAUAAUUUUUUAUCAAAGUAUCAACGCGUAGCCGCAGUGUAACAAUCGUCUAGUUCCUUAAAAUAAAACACAUUCAAACCAUACGACUCGAUAUGAGAACAAUUAAAGUCACCCUAAAACUUUCGAAGUACGGAAUAUCGUCGCCAAGGUGCUUCGCAGCGAGUGCCUCGACAAAUCCACCGGCCGCAACGCGGAGAACUCUGGGACUCCCGGUGCCUGAGGAUUAUUCGGUGAUAUUCUGCUCAACUUCGGAGACGAGGACCCGCUGUGCGACGGGAUCGUAGUGCGUCAAGAUGUUGGACAUAUUUCGCGGUCUGAAGAACCUAAUCAAAGUUUCUCACAUCCACAUCGACUCGGCGGUAUUCAGACUCCACUACAGCAUCACUGUCAUGCUGCUCGUCGCCUUCUCCCUGAUCGUUACCACCCGGCAGUACGUCGGCAAUCCGAUAGACUGUAUUCACAGCAAGGACCUGCCGGAGGAUGUCCUGAAUACCUACUGCUGGAUUCAUAGCACAUACACGAUAACAGCGGCCUAUAAAAAGAAGGAGGGCUCGGAAGUGCCAUUUCCCGGAGUCGACAACUCCAAGGCCCAUCCGGAGAGUGAGAAGAAGGUCUACAGGUACUAUCAGUGGGUCUGCUUCAUGCUCUUCCUCCAGGCAAUUCUGUUCUACACACCGCGAUGGUUGUGGAAAGGAUGGGAAGGUGGGAAGAUCCACGCGCUUAUGAUGGAUCUGGAUAUUGGCAUCUGCUCAGAAGUCGAAAAGAAACAAAAGAAGAAGCUGCUACUAGAUUAUUUGUGGGAAAACCUGAGGUACCACAACUGGUGGGCGUAUAGGUACUACCUCUGUGAGGUUUUGGCCCUCAUUAACGUCAUUGGUCAAAUGUUUCUAAUGAACCGGUUCUUCGAUGGAGCAUUCCUGACCUUUGGUAUCGACGUUCUGAGGUUCCUUGAAUCCGACCAGGAGGACCGAGUCGAUCCGAUGAUCUUCGUCUUUCCGCGGAUGACGAAGUGUACUUUUUACAAGUACGGAGUUGGCGGGGAGGUGGAGAAACAUGACGCAGUCUGCAUACUGCCUCUGAACGUAGUAAACGAGAAGAUUUAUGUCUUCCUCUGGUUUUGGUUCCUACUUCUCGGUGCUCUAAGCUUCAUGACCGUCGUGUACAGGAUCGUGAUAAUAUUCUCACCACGAAUGAGGGUCUACCUGUUGAGACUGAGAUUUCGCCUCGUCCGAAGAGAAGCUGUGGAGACGAUAGUCAGACGGAGUAAAAUGGGAGACUGGUUCCUCCUCUACAUGCUAGGGGAGAAUCUGGACACAGUGAUAUACAGGGACGUGAUGCACGACCUGGCCAACAAGUUGGCAUCGAGGCAUCAUCACAGCGUCCCCGGCAUUAAAGGCGAGCUCCAGGAGGCGUAGCCAAAAAUCCGCGCCAGCAACAUCGAUUUGUGUCUUCCCAUCGAUCUCCAGCCGAGAGCAUCUCAACCAACCAAAGGAGUUUCAUUAUUUAUUUGCAUCUUAUAUCAAUUUCGUAUCUACUAGAUUAUGCAUCAAAAUGAUCUGCCUAUGUGUAGGGACGUGUCUAUGAAUACGCCUGUCGUUACGAAAUUUAUGUAUGAAAAUCAUGCAGGAUAGUGGAUAUGGGCUUAAUUGUGUAUUAUAAUUAUUUAUAGUAACAGGUACUUUAAUACUACACAUGAUUAUCAUUAUUAUUGUUAUUAUCAUUGGCA